AUGUGGUGCGUGUGGUUCGUUGCGUGUUUUUCUACGGUGAUCGCCAGUGUUGUUGAUAUCAAUGACACAGUGUUGGCGACGCUGCCCCCCCUGUACGGGCUGGACGAGUGGGAGCAGUGCCGGCGGCCGGGCGACGUGUACUGCAUCGUCGACGCCGCGCUGCACUCGCGGGAACCAUCGCCUACUAUGAUGCUGUUAACGGACUAUUCAAAACAGUCUCUGAAACACUACAACCGCACUCAGAUCCAUCGCGGCGUGUGUGUAUCGAGGUGUGGCCGGCAGAAUGGGACGGCUGGCUGGCAGGAGGCGGCACAGGGAUGUGUCAAUAACAGCGUGAAGCAGUAUGGCCUCGAGGCGGAAGUAUUGUCAGUGGACUGGUGUAUGUCUGCGGACUCUCCUCCAGAGAGCUCUGGUCCAGGCCGGUCGCUAGCCGUCAUCUGCACCAUGCUGGUGGCCCUGGCCUGCCUCGCUACUGGGGUGCAUGUGUUAGGCGACCGCUGCGCCAAGGCUGAGUGUAACAGGUACUUGCUAGCAUUCUCAUUGAAGCGUAACUUUGAUAUUCUGACGUACGACCGCUGCAAGCCGAGGACAGACGACCGUAUGAAGGAUGUGGCGUGUAUCGAAGGGAUCAGGUUCCUCGGAAUGCAAUGCGUGAUCUUCUCCCACGUGAUGUUGAUCUACAUCUACUCGUACAUUGACAAUCCACAGUUCAUUGAAAGGAUGUACGACCACUUCACCUGGCAAGCAGUGAUGAACUCUCCACUGUGGCUGCAAGCUUUCUUCGCGAUGUCUGGUUUUCUCACUGCGUACGCCACCCUCGUCUCCUCACCCACCAAACCUAUCACCUUCUUCAAAUGCGUCAUGUCCAUUGUGAAUAGAUGGAUCAGGUUGACACCUCUAGCGGUGUUCGCGCUCUGGUUUACUGUGGCAUGGUUCCCACUGCUGGGCGCUGGACCGCAGUGGUCAUGGCUUGUGGAGAGAGAGGCACACGACUGCUCGGAGAGAUGGUGGUACCACGUGUUGUAUGUGCACAACCAUCUGCCCACUGGCAAGUUCUGCAUGGGACAUACUUGGUACUUGGCAGCAGACAUGCAGCUCCAUAUCAUCGGAGUGUUCCUCCUGUUGGCACUGAUGAGGUACAAGAAAGCAGUCAUCCCGGUGCUGAUGCUGUUCAUGGUGGGAUCCUCGGUAGCAGCUGGUCUGGUGGUCUACUUCUACCACCUCACACCUAUCGUUACUGCACAGACGCCAGAGGUCCUUCGCAACAUGUUCGCGGGUUCCCAGAUCCUGACGUUGCUGUACCUGCCAUUCUGGAUGAACCUUCCAGGCUACAUCGGAGGCAUCGCCACUGCCUUCAUCCUCUACCACAACAACAUCAAGGGAGAGAUUAAACUUAAAGACAGCAAGUGGUUCAACAUGCUGUUCCACUCAGCACUCUUCCUGGGCAGUGCGGUGCUGCUGGCCGGUACUAUAUUCCUGUCAGAUUCCCCACUGCCUCAGUGGGCAUCAGCUCUUUACGCUGCAAUCGACCGACCCCUGGUCGCAACAUUCUUCUGCAUCUUCAUGCUAGGUUGCUUCUCCAGAUGUUGGUCUAUGAUUCGUGACGGGUUGGAGUGGCGUGGCUUCCAUAUCCUCGGCAGGCUGUCGUACUGUGUAUUCCUCAUCCAUUUCAUUGUGCUGAGGAUCACUCUUGCCAGUAACACUCAGCUGGGACACGCCACUGUGCUCUCUAUGCUAUCCCUGCUAAUAACAUCAUCAGUGCUGAGCUACAUCGCAUCAGUUCCCUUGUGCCUUCUAGUGGAACUGCCACUCAUCCAGCUAUGGAAAGCCAUGACCGAGGGAGAUGGGCCUGAGAGACGACCGUCAAUACCAGUGGAAGCUGCUGGAAAGUCAUUUGACCUGGUCUCACAAAUUAGAAGGAGGAAUGAUGCCUAG